CCGCUGAAGAUGAUCGCCGACGGAAACUAUAAGCGAUCGGUGAGUGUAUUGAUCGGCCACACGGACGACGAGGGCGGGUAUAUGUUGCCAAUGGUUGAUAUGGAGAAGUAUUCGGUCACUAAUACUAAAGACAUUACGAAAGGCGAGGCUUUUGACGACCUGAAGAAACUGACCAAACAGUUGAUUACAAAGACGCCCAUCGAUGGCGAAGCAGUGGCCAAAACCUAUUUUGGCGGUUCCCAAGAGCCCACCGGUCAGUACCGGCGCACUAUUGGCGUCGCUUUGGGUGACUUUUAUAUCACGUGUCCGACCAUUUUGUUCGCCAAACUGCUCAUCGGUUCCGACAACAAGAAUAAAGUCAAUGUCUAUCACUAUUACUGGACCCGCAAAUUGAGCGACCGGGCCGUCCCGUGCGCCGAUUGGAUGGGCAGUUGUCACGGCUCCGACACCUAUAUGCUAUUCGGCGACCCCUUUGUUAACAAACAGUUGUAUACCGACGACGACCGGACCGUAUCACUCAAUUUCAUGAAGACUUUCGCCCAUUUCGCUAAUCACAGGUACUUUUGGUGUUUUUAA